UGCCCCGUCAUUGGUAUCAGUGGUAGGAAUAGUGCCCCGUCAUUGGUGUCAGUGGGAGGAAUAGUGCCCCGUCAUUGGUGUCAGUGGAGGAAUAGUGCCCCGUCAUUGGUGUCAGUGGGAGGGAAUAGUGCCUCAUCAUUGGUAUCAGUGGGAGGAAUAGUGCCUCAUCAUUGGUAUCAGUGGGAGGAAUAGUGCCUCAUCAUCGGUAUCAGUGGGGGGAGGAAUAGUGCCCCAUCAUAGGUGUCAGUGGGAGGA